AGAUCUUGAAACAUGGCAUCCUCCUCUUCUUCCUCGUCAAGUCGGGAUGGCCCUUCUGACCAUGUCCUGGUCCCUGCUAGUGGCAGCAGCUCAGCGCCCGUCUUAACUGACUAUCGUGAACGUCAUAGACGAAGAUAUGAACAACGGGAAGCGGAAGUGGCUAGGGAAGAGCAAGAGGACGCCGAUCUCGAGUUAGCGAAAACGCUGCAGUCCCAUGAGGAGCUACGGCUGCAACAGGAAAUGGAUUUGAAACAUGCUGAGGAGGUCCAUCGCGUCCAGGAGAUGGAACAGCGACAGAGAGAGCUCAAUGAAAUCGGGGAUCCCCACGUACAGGAUGAUAGUGGUGUUCGACGGCCGAUGCGAACCGGCUAUACUGAGCGCCUCAUCAACGACAGUGAGUUUACCGUCGUGGACGGCGAACCAUCAGAUAGUUUCCCCUUCCGGUGUCCUUUGAUUGGGAUAUUCCGUACGACUGCGAACAGUGAGCGGGAAUUACUUCCUCUCCGAGAUCCUGACGACGAGAGUCCCGCAGAGAGUCUAACCACACGCCUUCUCAUCAACCGGCAAGGAUUCGGCCCCAUGAGGUGGAUAACUGCCGCGCUGACGGAUGACUCCGAUGCUCAAACUGCGUGGAGUUGCUGUCGAUGCUUUGGAGGUGACUGUUGGUGCACUAAGCGGAUGCUCAGUGCUUGCCUCAUGCUCCUCACUGUGAGUCUCAUGCUCUUCAUUAUUGUGGCGAUCACCAUGAUCGAUUAA